AUGUGUGGUUAUAGGUUUCUGAAGGGCAGGCAAAAGAAAUCACUUGGUACUUGUACGAAUCAAAGUACUAUACUGGUUCUCGAACUUUCUAAAGCUUUAACAAGUCCUUAUUUCUAUAUAAACAUGAUCCAGGAAAUAUCGUUGAUUGGCAUACAAAUGCUGAAUAAAGGAACAAUAUUGUUCCAACACAACAACAAGCUCAUCGCGGAAUCAAUUAGUUGUCAUUUAGAGUAUAUGCAAAAAGGUAGCGUUCUUGGAAUAAUCCCAAAACCAACAAAGCAGCUAAACUACUCAAACAAGCUUGGAGAAUUUAAAGUUUAUCGAAGCACUAUUUGUACCCUCAUAAAGGCACAUUUUAACCUUUCACCAGAACAGAAAAGGCAGUUCAAUUGA